GAUGAAUACAUUGGAAAGUUUUUUUGGCCCUGGUGAGGGUGUCAGAUUGAAUGCUCUGUGCGCAUGUGCGAAGGUGUCCAAACUGACAAUGCUGGGGAGAUGAAGAUAGUGUGUAGCUGCUUCUGGGCUCAAGGAGGAGGAGAGGAAUCCACACGCCGACACGAUGAGAUCCAAGGCGAGGGCGAGAAAACUGCCCAAAAGUGACAGCGAGAUUGUAAAUAAUAUGUACGAGACCGACCCCGAUCUCCUUGCUGGAGAAAGCGCAGAGGAGGAAACUGAGGACAGUAUAAUGUCCCCCAUCCCUGUGGGACCUCCGUCACCCUUCCCCACCAGUGAGGACUUCACUCCCAAGGAGGGCUCACCCUAUGAAGCUCCCGUCUACAUUCCUGAUGACAUUCCAAUCCCACCAGAUUUUGAACUCAGAGAAUCUUCGAUCCCAGGGGCAGGGCUAGGGAUUUGGGCCAAAAAGAAGAUUGAAGUUGGGGAAAGAUUUGGACCCUAUGUGGCAGUACAGAGGAGCACAUUAAAGGAAACAAACUUUGGAUGGGAGAUUCCCGAUGCCCUGGGCACUGAGAAGUUCUGUGGUGAUGCCAGCCAGGGCGGGGCUGGGAACUGGCUGAAGUACAUCCGAGUGUGCUGCUCCUGUGACGAGCAGAACCUGGCUGUGUGCCACAUCAACGAGCAGGUCUAUUAUAAAGUUAUUAAAGAGAUUGAGCCGGGGGAAGAGCUCCUGGUGUGCCUGAAGGAAGGAGGUUAUUCCCUGGGGAACAUGGCACCCAGCAUGGAAGAGGAGCCCUCGUUCCGCUGUGAGGACUGUGAUGAGCUGUUCCAGUCCAAGCUGGACCUGCGGCGCCACAAGAAGUACGGCUGCGGGGCCGUGGGGGCCCUCUACGAGAGCCUCGGCGACGACAUCAAGCAGGAAGGCCUGGGAGAUGGACAGGUCUACGAGUGCAAGGACUGUGAGAGGAUGUUCCCCAACAAAUACAGCCUGGAGCAGCACAUGGUGAUCCACACCGAGGAGAGGGAGUACAAGUGUGACCAGUGUCCCAAGGCUUUCAACUGGAAAUCCAACCUGAUUCGUCACCAAAUGUCUCACGACAGUGGGAAACGGUUUGAAUGUGAAAACUGUGUUAAGUUGUGUUUUUCCCCGCAGGUGUUUACGGACCCCAGCAACCUCCAGCGGCACAUCCGCUCGCAGCACGUGGGCGCGCGGGCCCACGCCUGCCCAGACUGCGGCAAGACCUUCGCCACCUCCUCGGGCCUCAAGCAGCACAAGCACAUCCACAGCACUGUCAAACCUUUCAUAUGUGAGGUCUGUCACAAGUCCUACACGCAGUUCUCCAACCUGUGCCGCCACAAGCGGAUGCACGCGGACUGCCGCACCCAGAUCAAGUGCAAGGACUGCGGGCAGAUGUUCAGCACUACCUCCUCCCUCAACAAGCACCGGCGCUUCUGCGAGGGCAAGAACCAUUACAGCCCCGCCGGCAUCUUCGCCCCCGGCCUCCCCCUCACGCCCACCUCCAUCAUGGACAAAUCCAAGCCCUCUCCCAACCUCAACCACGCCAGCCUGGGCUUUAAUGAGUAUUUCCCGUCCCGUCCGCAUCCUGGUGGGCUCCCGUUCUCGCCAGCACCUCCAGCAUUCCCCGCCCUCACCCCGGGAUUUCCUGGGAUUUUUCCGCCUUCUCUGUACCCCAGGCCCCCCUUGUUACCGCCCACGCAGCUGCUCAAAAGUCCCCUCAACCACACUCCGGACGCGAAGCUCCCCAGCCCCCUCGGGAACCCGGCGUUGCCCCUGAUCUCCGCAGUGAGCAACAGCAACCAGGCUCCUUCAGGGGAGGAGAAAUGUGAAAGCAGCCUGGAAAACUCCUACCUGGAGAAGCUAAAAGCCAGGAACAGUGACAUGUCCGAUGGCAGUGACUUUGAGGAUGUCAAUACGACCACGGGCACGGAUCUGGACACCACGACCGGCACGGGCUCUGACCUGGACAGUGACGCGGAGAGUGACAGGGACAAAACGAAAGACAAGAGCAAACAAAUGGAGACCAAGCCAGAUUUUGUCAGCAGCUCGGUGUCUGCCAGUUCCACCAACACCACGAGCGAGAUCCCUCUCUUCUAUUCUCAGCAUUCCUUCUUUCCUCCCCCCGAGGAGCACCUGCUGCCCACCACGGGCGCUGCCAAUGACUCCAUUAAAGCUAUCGCCUCCAUUGCAGAGAAGUAUUUUGGGCCUGGCUUUAUGGGCAUGCAGGAGAAAAAGAUGGGUUCGCUCCCGUAUCAUUCCAUGUUCCCCUUCCAGUUCCUCCCCAAUUUCCCCCACUCCCUCUACCCUUUCACGGAGCGGACCCUCAACCACAACUUGCUGGUCAAGGCAGAACCAAAGUCACCCAGGGACCUCCACAAAGUCGGUGGCACCAGCUCGGAGUCCCCCUUCGAUCUCACCACGAAGCCAAAAGAGAUUAAGCCAAUCCUGCCGCCCCCCAAGGUCCUCCCAGCCCCGUCCUCAGGGGAGGAGCAGCCACUGGAUCUGAGCAUUGGCAACCGCAUCCGAGCCAGCCAGAACGGAGGGAGAGAGCCACGGAAAAACCACAUUUAUGGGGAGAGGAAGCUGAUGGCAAGUGAGGUCUUACCUAAGAUUUCCCAGUCCCAGCUGCCUCAGCAGCCUUCCCUGCACUACGCUAAGCCAUCGCCCUUUUUCAUGGACCCCAUCUACAGGGUGGAGAAGCGGAAGGUGACAGACCCCGUGGGUGCCCUCAAGGAGAAGUACCUGCGACCCUCCCCGCUGCUUUUUCACCCCCAGAUGUCAGCCAUCGAGACAAUGACAGAGAAACUGGAGAGCUUUGCAGCCAUGAAGGCCGACUCUGGCUCGUCCCUGCAGCCCCUUCCCCACCACCCCUUCAACUUCAGAUCGCCGCCGCCAACGCUCUCCGACCCCAUCCUGCGCAAGGGCAAGGAGCGCUACACCUGCAGGUACUGUGGCAAGAUCUUCCCACGCUCAGCCAACCUGACGAGGCACCUGCGGACACACACUGGGGAGCAGCCUUACAGGUGUAAAUACUGUGACAGGUCAUUCAGCAUUUCCUCCAACCUGCAGAGGCACGUCAGGAACAUCCACAACAAGGAGAAGCCAUUCAAGUGCCACCUGUGCAACAGGUGCUUCGGGCAGCAGACCAACCUCGACAGGCACCUGAAGAAGCACGAGCAUGAAAAUGUUCCAGUGAGCCAGCACUCCGGAGUCAUCACCAACCACCUCGGGACCAGCGCCUCCUCCCCCAACUCGGAAUCAGACAACCAUGCACUUUUAGAUGAAAAAGAGGAUUCCUAUUUCUCAGAAAUCAGAAAUUUUAUUGCCAACAGCGAGAUGAAUCAAGCGUCAGCUUUAGCAGAUAAAAGGCCAGAAAUCCAGGAUAUUGAUGGCAAUUCCCAGUGCCACGGACUGGCAAACGAGAAGGCAGAAGAUGUGGACGACGAGGACGAAGAACUGGAAGAGGAAGAUGAUGACAGCCUGACUGGGAAGUCCCAGGACGAGACGGCGUCGCCCACAGCGGAGCCACGGGGAGCGUUCGAGGAUGAGGAGGAUGAGGAGCCCACGUCUCUCACCAUGAGCUUUGACCACACCCGAAGGUGUGUUGAGGAGGACGAAGCCGGCCUGUUAGAUUUGGAGCAGAUGCCGAAUUUUGGGAAGGGGCUGGAUCUCCGCAAAGCGGCCGAGGAAGCCUUUGAAGUUAAAGAUGUGUUUAAUUCCACCUUAGACUCUGAGGCAAUAAAACAGACUCUGUACAGGCAGGCUAAAAACCAGGCUUAUGCAAUGAUGCUGUCCCUGUCUGAGAACGCUCCCCUCCACACGUCCUCCCAGAGCUCUCUGGGGGCUUGGCUGGACAUGGCAGGAGCAGCUUCAGAGUCGGGGACCUUUAACCCCAUCAACCACCUCUGA